AUGGCAGAAGCCUUCCUGAGCGCCUCAGGCAGGCCGCUCCACAAGGUGGGGGCCACCACAGAGAAGGCCACGGAAGAGCACCCCAGUGCCCGCGACGUGCUGAUUCUGUACGGGAAAGAUGCCAGCGAAUGGUGUCAGUAUCUUCAGAGCCUCUUCCAUUCAUGCAAAGACAUCUGGAGCUAUCUUGUGGAGAGUGGGACUCCUAUUCCCCCUGAGAAGGUGGACGACUUCAAGAGCAGCCGGUGUGUUGUCGUUUUGCUCUCCUGCGAGCUGGUACAGACCUUCCAGACCCCCGCUGUCCUCCAGAGCCUGCAGGAGGUUCUCCAGCCACCUCAUAAAGUCGUAAAACUGUUCUGUGGCGUGGCAGAAUGGGAGGAUUACCAGGAGUUCUUCAAAGACUGGUCUCAGUGGAAACACUUGACAUACGACGAUGAUCCCGAAACCUACAUCAAAGCUGUCAUGAAGGCAAUUUCGGAAGGAGAUUCUGGUUGUGAUUCAGUGACUGAUGCAGAAGUGGAGGAUGUCCGAGGUCGACGUGACUCCUGCAACGUGUCGACGAUGAGGUGGCAGCGCAGGACGUCCGGGACCCAAAAGGGAAACCUAAUUGCAGUGCAGCCAAAUCGCCUACGCUGUGGGGUGCAGACGACAAUGUACAUCAUUCUGAAAUGCAAGCUGGAUCACCAAGUGAAGAUGGAAGUAGAAUUUUGUCCUGCAAAUUGUCGGUCUGUGCGAGUCCCUUCCAGGACAGAGAACGAGUAUACGGUCUCGGUUUGUACACCUGACUUGCCACCUGGCACAGUGAGCCUGCGAUUGUUUGCUGGGGAUUUAAUGGUCGUCGAAGCAGACGUUCACUACCACACUGACAUGGAAGAAAUCAGCACCCUGCUGGCUUCUGCAGCUAAUCCUGUGGGAUUCAUGUGUCAGGCUUUUAAAAUAGUUCCUUGCAACACAGAAGCUCUGGACAAGAUCCUGACGGAGUCACUGAAGAAGAACCUUCCUGCGAGUGGCUGGCACCUCUUAGGAAUCAACCAGCUGGAGGAGGAAGACAUGAGCACAAGUCAGAGGGAUGAAGAGCUGCCCACACUGUUGCACUUUUCUGCAAAAUAUGGGCUGAAGAACCUCACAGCCCUGCUGCUGACAUGCCCGGGAGCCUUGCAAGCCUACAGUGUCGCCAACAAGUAUGGCCACUACCCCAACAGCAUUGCAGAGAAAGAGGGCUUCAGAGAUCUCCGGCAGUUCAUUGAUGAAUACGUGGAGACGGCGGACAUGCUGAAGAGCCACAUAAAGGAGCAGUUGAUGGAGGGGACGGAGGACGACUCCACUUACGAGUCCAUGGCUCACCGCUCCACUGACCUACUGAUGAAGUGUUCUCUGAAUCCCGGCUGCGACGAGGAGCUCUACGAAUCCAUGGCGGGCCUGGUCCCUGGCGCCCCAGAAGACUUGUAUGUAGAAAUGCUCCAGUCGGAUGCCAGCAACCCUCGGAUGACAAAGGACUACAUGAUGCGCAGGUUCUUGGAAGGUGUAAGCGUGGUGGAUCCGGAAUACAAAGGUGAUAUCUACCACCUGUGUGAUGAUGAAGAAGAUGUGUAUCACACCGUGGAGCAGAACAGCUCUCCUUCCGAACUGCUCAACAGACCUCCAGUUCCUGUGCCGAGACCUGACCCCACCAAGCAGCAGGACAAGGAAUCCUACAUUUAUAAAGUAUUUGCAGGGAAAGACCGAGAGAAGCCUGGGAAUCUCUAUGUGUCUUCAGAGAACCUUAGGAAAGAGUCAGCAGCCGGAUGUCAGCGGGUUCAUUCCCAGCCCAGUAUAUACGAUCCAUUUGCUGGGAUGAAGACUCCAGGGCAAAGGCAGCUGAUCACGCUACAGGAGCAAGUGAAGCUGGGGAUGCUGACUGUGGAUGAAGCUGUCCUGCAUUUCAAAGAGUGGCAGCUGAACCAGAAAAAGAGAUCAGACUCAUUUCGUUUCCAGCAGGACAACUUGAAAAGAUUACGUGACAGCAUCACACGGCGGCAACUGGAAAAGCAAAAGGCAGGCAAACAUUCAGACUUGGAAAUCACUGUGCCUAUGGGACAUUUCCAGAAGACCCCCAAGAAACCAGAAUGUGGCAUAUAUGAAUUCGGCCCCCGGAAAAGUAUCUUCCCACCAAGUAAAGAGAUAAAGCGAGGAGACUGGAAAACAGAAAGCUCGUCUAGCUCUGCAAGUAGUUCAAGUAACCGAUCCAGUACUCGAAGUUUACUAAGUGUCAGCAGUGGGAUGGACGGAGACAAUGAGGAUAAUGAGAUGCCAGAAGUGAAGAGAAACUUCAGCCCCACGACGCAGCAAGUGGACAGAAGGACUCCAAGGAUACCUCCUCGCGUUGCUAGCAGGCCUUUGAGUAGUGACAGCUUCCUCCCGCCACCAGUGCCCCCCAGAGGUCGGUGAAAUGCUGCAUUGAGUCCUUGGAACAGGGAAACCUGGGAAUGCCCGGCUUCGUUUUUAAAGACUGCCUUUUUAAUGGGAAUGUGCUCGGCAGGUUCCUCCUCUUUCUCCCCAUCCCACCUUCAACAGAACCACCCUGGCACAGUGGUUUACUUCAGAAACAAAGCAGAAAAGAAGAAGCUGGAAGUCCUCGCCAGCCAUCGGGGCUUUUCAGAAGUGGUCAGAAAAGGCAGUCUCCGUGGGACAUCUGAUUCACCCAGCCUGGCGAGAGGAAGCUCACAGGGUCUCUUGAUUGUCUUUUCAAAAUCUCUGUGUAUUAAAACAGUUCUUCAAGCAGAACCUUUUUCCUGUUUCUGCACUCUUUCUUUAUGCUGUCUGAAAUCAGAAACGUCCACUGAAGGCAGGCAGAUCAGGGCUUUUAUGGUGAGGAUUCCGCAGGGUCAUGAUGUUGCAGACACUUGAGGAAUUCCUUUGAAAUCUUCCCCGGUGCUUAUGGAUUUCGUAAUGGCUCUGUGCCUCUGACCUCCAGCCCAAUGCAUGGAGCUUGCUUGCCGGAGAAAACGGCAGUACGGAAAGCUGAGCAGCAACUCCUGCUCGAAGUACGAGAAGGAAUCUCCACCCAGCGGCACACUUCCCUUGUACUCCUGUGACUGCGGACAUAAAAGAAGCAGAUGUACAGCGAUUUAUGGACAUCAAUAAAAUGU